AUGGCGGAGGUGGGGGGGGUCUUCGCCUCGUUGGACUGGGAUCUGCACGGCUUCUCCUCGUCUCUGGGGACCGUGCCCUUAGCUGACUCCCCGGGUUUCCUGAACGAGCGCCUAGGCCAGAUCGAGGGGAAGCUGCAGCGCGGCUCGCCCACAGACUUCGCCCACCUGAAGGGGAUCCUGCGGCGCCGCCAGCUCUACUGCCGCACCGGCUUCCACCUGGAGAUCUUCCCGAACGGCACAGUGCACGGCACCCGCCACGACCACAGCCGUUUCGGAAUCCUGGAGUUUAUCAGCCUGGCGGUGGGGUUGAUCAGCAUCCGGGGAGUGGACUCUGGCCUGUACUUAGGAAUGAAUGAGCGAGGAGAACUAUAUGGGUCGAAGAAACUCACACGUGAAUGUGUGUUCCGGGAACAAUUUGAAGAAAACUGGUACAACACCUAUGCUUCCACCUUGUACAAACACUUGGACUCGGAGAGACAGUAUUAUGUGGCCUUGAAUAAAGACGGCUCACCCCGGGAGGGAUACAGGACUAAACGACACCAGAAAUUUACUCACUUUUUGCCCAGGCCAGUAGAUCCUUCUAAGUUGCCCUCCAUGUCCAGAGACCUCUUCCGCUAUAGGUAAUGGACCCCUAGUGUGACCUCUGUGACCCCUGUACUCUAGGGCCACAGUCGUCUCUGCAAGCACUAUACUCAUAGCUUUUCAAUCCUCU